GUGGCACUGGGGACGCUUGUAUAAAGCUCGGCUGGGCUGCUCCGUAGUGAUUCCAUUAUCAUCCCCAUCUAACUGGACUGCCAGCGCCGUAUUGUCUCCUAGAGACACUAGCAGUUGAGUACCUUUGGGGAAGCCCACCCCUCGAGUGGCCAUCAUGGGGGACGAUAGCGAGUGGAUGAAGCUUCCCAUCGACCAGAAAUGUGAACACAAGGUGUGGAAAGCCCGUCUGAAUGGAUAUGAGGAGGCUCUGAAGUUGUUUCAGAGGAUAGAAGAUGAGAAGAGUCCAGAGUGGGGGAAGUACCUCGGACUGAUAAAGAAAUUUGUCACAGAUUCUAAUGCUGUGGCUCAGCUUAAAGGCCUGGAGGCUGCCCUGGCCUUCAUUGAGAACGCCCAUGUAGCUGGCAAGACGACAGGUGAGGUGGUGUCGGGUGUGGUGACCAAAGUGUUUAACCAGCCAAAGGCUCGGGCCAAGGAGCUGGGCACAGACAUCUGUCUAAUGUACAUGGAGAUAGAGAAGGCUGAGGUGGUUCAGGAUGAGCUUCUAAAAGGACUUGACAACAAGAACCCCAAGAUAGUGGUGGCCUGCAUUGAGACACUCAGGAAGGCUCUGAGUGAGUUUGGAUCUAAGAUUGUGACAUUGAAGCCAGUAGUGAAAGUUUUACCCAAGCAGUUUGAGUCCAGAGAGAAGGCGGUGAGAGACGAAGCUAAGCUGCUGGCUGUAGAGAUCUACAGAUGGAUCAGAGAUGCUCUGAGACCACCACUGCAGAACAUUAACUCUGUACAGCUGAAGGACCUGGAGGAGGAGUGGGUGAAGCUGCCUUCAUCUCCUGCCAAGCAAACCAGGUUCCUGCGUUCCCAGCAGGACCUGAGGGCAAAGUUUGAACAGCAGCAAGCCCAAGGUGGAGCAGAGUCUGAUGGAGAGGAUGUGCCAGAAACAGCAGCAGCUGUGGAUCCUUAUGAACUGCUGGAGGCUGUGGAGAUUCUGUCCAAAAUGCCCAAAGACUUCUAUGAGAAAAUAGAAGCUAAAAAGUGGCAGGAAAGGAAAGAAGCUCUGGAGGCUAUCGAAGCUCUGACCAAGAACCCCAAACUAGAGAAUGGAGACUAUGGAGACCUUGUCAGAGCACUAAAGAAGGUUGUUGGGAAAGAUGCCAAUGUGAUGCUCGUGUCAUUGGCAGCUAAAUGUCUGGCUGGACUGGCCAGUGGCCUCAGGAAGAAAUUUGGAACAUAUUCUGGACUUGUGGUUCCAACUAUUCUGGAGAAGUUCAAGGAGAAGAAGCCUCAGGUUGUCCAGGCCCUGCAAGAGGCGAUUGAUGCCAUCUUCCUCACUACCACUCUCCAGAACCUCUCGGAGGACAUCCUAGCUGUGAUGGACAAUAAAAACCCCUCCAUUAAGCAGCAGGCCUCUCUGUUUCUAGCUCGUUCCUUCAGACACUGCACACAGGCCACGCUGCCCAAGAGCAUCCUCAAACCCCUCUGUGCUGCUCUCAUUAAGCAAGUGAAUGACUCUGCUCCAGAGGUGCGUGACGCUGCCUUUGAAGCUCUGGGGACGGCCAUGAGAGUGGUGGGAGAGAAAGCUGUGAACCCUUUCUUGACUGACUUGGAUAAACUCAAACUGGAUAAGAUAAAGGAGUGUUCUGAUAAAGUAGAGCUCCCUGGAGGGAGGAAGGGUGCAGGAGGUGGAGGAGGUGGUGGUGGAUUGGCAGACAAGAAGUCUGCAGCUAAAGCUCCUCCCCCUGCUGAAGCUCCACCCAAAUCCUCUGCCCCAUCCAAGAAGACCCAAAGUGCUGCUUCCAGCAAGCCAUCAGGGGGUCCACCUAAGAAAGGCAAACCAACCUCUGGAGGUGGUGGAAAAUCCAAGAAGGCUGCUGACAAUAAAGAAGUCACAGAGACUGAACUGUCCGCUGAGGUGUGUGAGGAGCUGGCAGCAAAUGUACUUCCCGGUUCCUGUCUGCAGCAGUUGGACUCGGCCAACUGGAAGGAGAGACUAGCCAGUAUGGAGGAGUUCCAGAGGGCUGUCGAGACCAUGGAUAAGGGGGUGAUGCCCUGCCAGGCCUUAGUCAGGAUGUUGGCAAAGAAACCAGGCUGGAAGGAAACCAACUUUCAGGUGAUGCAGAUGAAGCUACACAUUGUGGCUCUAAUAGCUCAGAGAGGAACGUUUUCAAAGACAUCGGCCGGCGUGGUUUUGGAUGGCUUGGUGGAUAAGGUCGGAGACAUCAAAUGUGGUGGAAAUGCAAAAGAAGGACUGACGGCUAUUGGACAGGCCUGCUCACUGCCGUGGACUGCAGAACAGGUUGUCUCUAUGGUAUUUGCACAGAAGAAUCCCAAGAACCAGGCAGAGUCUCUCAACUGGCUGGCUAAUGCCAUGAAGGAGUUUGGCUUUGCUGGUAUCAAUGUGAAGGCUUUCAUCAACAAUGUGAAGACGGCUCUGGGAGCGACUAACCCUGCUGUCCGGACAGCAGCCAUCAGCCUGCUGGGAGUCAUGUACCUCUACAUGGGAGCUCCUCUGCGCAUGUUCUUUGAAGAUGAGAAGCCUGCCCUCCUCGCACAGAUCGAUGCUGAAUUUGAAAAGAUGCAAGGCCAGUCUCCACCAGCUCCAGUCAGAUUCACCAAGAAGGCAGCAGCGGAGGAGGAGGGUGAUGUCGGAGAGGAGCAGGAAGAAGAUGGAGGAGGAGGAGGAGGACAGGACAUCAUGGACUUACUACCCAGAACAGAUAUCGGUGACAAGAUCACAUCUGAUCUGGUGUCUAAAAUUGGGGAUAAGAACUGGAAGAUCAGGAAGGAGGGUCUGGAUGAGGCUGCAGCCAUAAUAUCAGACGCCAAGUUCAUCACAGCCAACAUCGGAGAUCUGCCUCUGACCCUGAAAGGUCGACUCAGUGAUUCCAACAAGAUCCUGGUCCAGCAGACCCUGACUAUCCUGCAGCAGCUGGCUACAGCCAUGGGACCUGGACUUAAGCACCAUGUUAAAGCACUGGGAAUCCCCAUCAUCACUGUUCUUGGAGACAGCAAGGCCAAUGUCAGGGCGGCUGCCAUGACCACUCUGCAGGCCUGGGUGGAGCAGACUGGGAUGAAGGAAUGGUUGGAGGGAGAAGACCUGUCAGAAGAGCUGAAGAGAGAGAAUCCCUUCCUGAGACAGGAGGUGCUUGGUUGGUUAUCAGAGAAGCUGCCCACUCUGAGGACAGUACCUGGGGAUCUGUCGUUGUGUGUCCCUCAGCUUUAUGCCUGUCUGGAAGACAGAAAUGGAGAUGUGAGGAAGAAAGCUCAGGAUGCCCUGCCCACCUUCAUGAUGCACCUGGGCUAUGACAAAAUGGCCAAGGCUACUGGGAAACUCAAAUCUGCGUCCAAGGAUCAGGUGAUGGCCAUGUUGGAAAAAGCCAGAACAGUGAUGCCAGCCAAACCUGCUGCUCCUGCCAAAGCUGGAGGGGGAAAAGGCUCUGCAGAGCCGAGCAGAGCUGCUUCAGCCUCAAGGUCUCAGCCAGCUAGCGAGGACUUUGUUGACAGUAAACCUGAAGUGAAGAAGGUCCGAGGAGGAGUGGCUGCUAAGAAGCCUCCCUCCCCUCCCGAGGAACCUGUCCCUCCCCCUUCCUCCAAGGACAAGGACAGUAAUGCUAGUAAAAAGCCCCCCAGCAAAGGCAAGGCUGCUGCUGGCAGCCAACAGGGUGCAGCUGCUAAGAAGCCUCCAGCCAAAGGCAUGAAGGAUGAUGAAGAUAAGUCUGGUCCAAUCUUCACACUCAUCCCCAACGCUAAGGAACAGAGGAUCAAAGAGGAGAAGCAACUGAAGAUUCUGAAAUGGAACUUCAUUACUCCUCGAGAUGAGUAUGUGGAGCAGCUGAAGACUCAGAUGUCCACCUGCUUUGCUAAGUGGCUGCAGGACGAACUUUAUCACCUUGACUUCCAGAGACACGUUAAGGCCAUAGGAGUCAUGAUUGAGAGGUUGGAGAGUGAGAGCGAAGCCACUAUCGGCUGUCUGGACCUGAUUCUGAAGUGGUUCACCCUGCGGUUCUUUGACACCAACACCACAGUCCUGAUGAAGGUGCUGGAAUAUCUAAAGCUGCUGUUUGCCAUGUUGAACAGGGAGAACUACCACCUGACCGAGUACGAGGCCACAUCCUUCGUCCCCUACCUUAUACUCAAGGUUGGAGAGUCAAAGGAUGUGGUUCGCAAAGAUGUGCGGGCCAUACUGACCAUGCUGUGUAAGGUUUACCCAGCAUCCAAGGUCUUUCCUUUCCUUAUGGAUGGAACCAAAUCCAAGAACUCCAAACAAAGAGCUGAAUGUCUGGAGGAGUUGGGUUGUUUGAUAGAGGGCUAUGGGAUGAAUGUAUGCCAGCCGACUCCAGCCAAGUCUCUGAAGGAGAUUGCCGUUCACAUCGGUGACAGAGACACAUCUGUCCGCAAUGCCGCUCUGAACACUGUGGUGGCUGUGUAUAACGUCUGUGGGGAUCAAGUUUACAAACUAAUAGGAAAUCUGUCAGAGAAAGAGAUGAGCAUGCUGGAGGAGAGAAUCAAGCGUUCAGCCAAGAAGACUCCUGCUGCUCCUGCUAAGCAGAGUGCGACAGAGAGGUCCCAGAAAGAGCACCCAACCAACCCCAAUGCCACCUUCCUCCGCAAGCCUGCACAGGAGGACCCCAACAAACUCAAAAUAAUGUAUCGCACGUAUAGGAUCCAAGCCCGUCAGAACACCCAGCACAGUGAGUCCUCCCACCCCUCCAUCCCCAAGGAGUUCCAGUUAGAUUUGGACAUGAUCGAGAUGGACCAGGGCAGAGUGUGUGAGCUUCCGGACCUUGUCCAACACAAGCUGGACGAGCUGCUGGAGCCCAUCAUGAUCCCCGAACCCAAGAUGCAUUCUGUCUCUCCACACUUUGAUGACCUCCACAACAGCACGGCCUCCACCAUCAACUUCGUCAUUUCUCAGGUGGCGAGUGGAGAUAUUAACACCAGCAUACAGGCACUGGCACAGAUUGAUGAGGUGUUGCGGCAGGAGGACAAAGCAGAGGUCAUGUCAGGACACAUUGAUCAGUUCCUCAUUGCCACCUUCAUGCAGCUGAGGCUCAUCUAUAGCACACACAUGGCUGACGACCGGCUGGACAAGAGGGACAUCAUCAAACUGUACAGCUGCAUCAUAGGAAACAUGCUGUCUUUGUUCUCUAUGGAGUCUCUGGCCAGAGAGGCAUCCAUGGGUGUGUUGAAGGACCUGAUGCACGGUCUGAUCACACUGAUGCUGGACAGCAGAGUGGAGGACAUAGAAGAUGGACAGCAGGUCAUCAGAUCUGUCAACCUGCUGGUAAUCAGGGUCCUGGAGAAGUCGGACCAGACCAACAUGAUCAGUGCUCUGUUGGUUUUGCUUCAGGACAGUUUAGUCACAACAGCUGGUCCUCCGAUGUUCUCUGAACUGAUCAUGAAGUGUCUGUGGAGAAUGAUCCGCUUUCUCCCAGAGACCAUCAACACCAUCAACCUGGACCGGAUCUUACUGGAAGUCCACAACUUCAUGAGAGUUUUCCCCAAAGAGAAACUCAAGCAGCUCAAGAGUGAUGUCCCACACAGAACCCUCAAGACUCUGUUACACACACUCUGCAAGCUCACUGGGGCCAAGAUCCUAGACCACCUAUCGAUGAUAGAGAAUCGUAAUGAAUCAGAGUUGGAGGCUCAUCUGAGGCGGGUGGUCAAACACUCUGGAAACCUGUCAGGACUCAAGAGUGACCGAGGCAAUGAGAAGUCUGGUCUGCGUGUGGACGACCGAAUGUCAAAGGCAAAGGUCAGUGACAUUCUGUCUGAAAUCUUCAAGAAGAUUGGCUCCAAGGAGAACACUAAAGAGGUCAGCGCCCUGCAUCCCGAAAAAGGUUUGACAGAGCUGUACGAGUACAAACAGAAGUACUCGGAUGCAGACCUGGAGCCUUUCCUCAAAAACACAUCCCAGUUCUUCCAGAGUUACGUGGAGCGAGGCCUUCGUAUGAUCGAGUCUGAGAGAGAGGGCAAGGCUCGCAUCCAGACCUCAGCAGUGAUCCCUCAGCACGGUGUGGACUCCAGUCUGAGCAGCAACAAUGAGGAGCUGAAACCAGCUGUUUACUAUGAGAGACUCAAGAUCCUGAGACAGAGACAAGGGCUGGAAAACACCAGGGGAGUUGGAAGCAGCGACGACGAGCCUCAGCAGCGACCUGCCAUCUCGUCCCUGCUGUCCUCGAAGCCGUCGGUGGCCUCCUCCACUGACAUGCUCCACAGCAAGCUGUCUCAGCUCAAAGAGUCUAGAGAGAUGUACCAGCAGGAACACAAUGCACAUUCCCACUCCCCGACGCAUGCGCACACUCGCUCAGCCUCGCCAGCGGCCAACCUGGAUGACCUGAAGAAACGUCUGGAGAGGAUAAAGAGCAACCGGCAGUAAGGAGCACCAAACCAACCACGUCACCAUCUCAUCCGCUCAGCCUGUGGAGUCCAGCUGGUUGUAGAAAACACAACAUCCUCCUUUUUAACUCUGUUUAUAUCCUUGUUCUGGUAGAUCGAGGUAGAAAGCACUUGGACACUAAAGCCCCGCCCUCUGUAUUGACAAAUCCGGUAGCAACAGACAAACACACCCUCGAAUUUGAACCUGACUCCACCCACUGUGCCUGUAUGUUGUUAGAAAUCAGACACCCUGAUCUGACUGUAGCUGAGUACAUUCAGAUUGAACUAAGGCUGUGAUUUUUAGCCUCCACAAACAGACUGCAGAAACUAUCCCAGUGUUUUAGGUACAAUUCAAACUCAUUAAAAGAUGUUUUAUCUUCACAUCAAAUCACUUUUGUUUUUAAGUGUUGACCAUCAGAACAGAAGAGACGAAGCUAAGUCCAGAGUCUAGGAGUGAGCUUUGAGUCGGAUGUAGUUCUCAGUCUGUACAGUUUGAUCCUGAAGAACAAACUGUAACACCCACCUAACCCCACCUCACUCCACUCUCCCUCCUGUCCUGUCCCGGCCUUUUCUUUCAGGUUGCCCCCUCCUUCCUCCCUCCUCUCUCCUGUGUACACUUUUCACUGCAUUAUAAUAAUGAAAUAGUGAACUUAACCUCCUUCUGUCUUCUUUAAUAUCAUAACACAAUAUGUUUGUACAUAUUUAAAGGUUGUUAACCACUUAACUGUUAUGAAGCGCUUCUCAUGUGGUCACAGGAAAAUACACGUUGUUUCUUCCUGUUUCACGACGUACCACAUCGCCGCUGCCGCUGCUGCUGCUGCUGCUGUUUGGAUAGAGAAACACUGUUGUAAAGGACUGAAGUCACAUCUGUAGUUGUGUGACCGCCCUCAUGUGGCUGAGCACUGAACGCUUGUACACUGUCAUGGUAUCAGUUUGUACUUCUCAGUGAUUUCAGCCUCUUUUGGAUGGGGGCAUCUAAUGAUUUUGAAUAAUUGCGGAAAGUUUACGUAUCCUAUGUUGGCGUCAGUAAAUGAUGAUUAGACAAACAUCAGGAAGAAAGGUUGAUGUCUCUUUCAAAAUAGCACAUAUUAUAGGACUUGAAGCUCCAGCACUUAGUUUAAUCAAAAAAGUGUCUGAUUUGUCCAUUUCAGACAUUUUUUUUCUGUGUUUAGAGUCAUGAAAUAAGCUCAACAGCAUCAACAUCAACCCCCUCCUCUGUCAUCCUUCUGCCCCUGAUGGUGGCUCUAAAAAGGAAGUUCUUUCUGUUUGGUCGCGGUUAUGUAAGAAACCCUUCCACUUUUAUUCUGAAAAUCUUCUGUUGUGGCCUUUUAGUAAGCGAUUGUCUAAAGUGGUUUUCAGUUUCCCUUUUUUUUUUUUUUUUAAGAGAGAAAAAAUAUUUCUUCCCAGACAAACUGGAAAUAAUCAGCUGUAGUGUUUGGUUGUGAUUUAAAACCUGCAGGCGUUUGGUGGUACACUGAGUUCAGUUCCUGAGCUGCUUCACUCAGGAAGUCCAGACCCAGCAGAGCUGUGUACAGGUGUGUUUCAGUUGCGUGUUGGACUGUGCUGUGGGUUGACAUUUGGCUGUAAAUAGUGUAUGUACUGUCCUCCAUUAACACCCCCCCACCCCACCCCCCAGUUAUUUAACAGCAGAACAGGACUGUAGAGCCAACAUGGCUGUCACUGUAAAGCGCAUCAACCAAACUUGUUGUAUAUGUACGGCUCUUUAUCCAGCUGAAGGAAGUUCACUCUGUGUCUGUAGGCUUAAAGAGCAUGGCAUGAAGGCAGUGAUUGUUUUAAUUUCUCCUGUAAAUAAAGUUUGCAUUAUUAAAACAACUGUUUAAUUAAGUAAUUGUUUUUCUAAAGACGGCGAUGAUGAUGGCCCUGUUAGUCAUCUCUUCUGUAGCUGAAUGUUGAGUAAAGAAACACAAAUAACAUUGUUUUUGUAUUUAAUUCAGAUGUCAGUCUUACAUUGUUGCUCUCCAGCUUUCCUUGUAUAAUCCAUAGUGGAAAAUGGCAAUAAAGUCUUGUUUUUUUUUUUUUUU